AUGGUUGACCCAUGUUGUCCAGAAAUUACAACGAUUUAUUUGCUGAUAAGAGCAAAAAAACAGCAGGAUCCGCAGACUCGAUUCAAAGAGUUUUUUAAUGAUGUUGUAAGUCAAGUUACGUUAUUUUAUACGAAUGUUAGAGGAGCAAGGGAUCUUCUCUUGCUUGCACAAGAGAUGAAAAGCUUGAAGGCCUUUGUCUAUGUAUCAACGGCAUAUUCGCAYUGCGUAUAUAAUAAAAUUGAAGAAAAAUUCUAUAAGCCACCUAUAAAGACAGAAGACAUAAUUAAAUUGACAGAGAUUUUGAACGACGAUCAAUUAAAUUUACUUCUUGGUAACUCGCCCAACACUUACGCAUAUUCRAAGGCAAUCUGUGAAGAUACUGUACGGCAAUAUUCAAAUGAAAUUCCUACUUGCAUCGUUCGGCCAUCUAUUGUUGUCUGAACGGAAAAGGAACCAAUUGCYGGUUGGAUAAACAAUCUAUAUGGAAUAACAGGUGUUGCUGUAGGUAGUGCGACUGGUGUUUUACAUACGCUAUAUUGUAAUGAAAACUUUAUUUGCGACAUCAUUCCUGCCGACUAUGUUGUCAACAACAUUUUUGCUGUAGCAUGGGACGUUGCACAAAAACAGUUAGUCUAUACCACAGAUUAUAAAUCUCUCAAACAGAAACAACAAAUAUCUGCCUGGUUUAAUGUUCCGUCGAAAAAAGUUUUAUGGUACUACUCCUUUUGGUUUACCCGCAACUAUUCUUUUCAUAUUUUUCUGACAAUUUUUUUGCACUGGAUACCAGCAAUUAUACUAGACUCGCUAGCUUAUGUCACAGGAAGAAAGACAAGAUUGCUUAAAAUCUACAGAAAUAUAGAAAAGUUUAAAUAUGUAAUAAAUUUCGUUACAAACAACGAAUGGGAAUUUACAAACGAUAACGUUGUAAAAUUAUGGGACAAGCUAUCUGUAGUCGAUAAACAUAACUUCUUUUUUAAUGUUUCUGAUAUUGAUUGGGCGGGUUUUUCUGAUAUUUACUUAAAAGGAAUUCGAGUUUUUUUACUAAAAGACCCGAUGGAGACGGUUGAAGAAUCAAGACCAUUUUAUAGAAGGUAACUUUUUGAUUAUCUCUAUUUUAUCACAAUUAUUAUUUUUUUACCUAUUUA